UGAGACUACUGCGGGGCUUAGUGGUUUGGUUACAGCCUGCUCGAGUUUGCGGUUUUCAUUUCAUAGCAAUUGAUAUCUAAAUCAGGCCUUUAUUAUACGGUUUGUGAAUUGACGAUACCUGCUCGAAAACAGCGGUACCUGAGAGAGCAGAAAAGAUAGUUCUCGGGUGUUGAUAACCGGAAGAUCGGGCGCACGGAGUUAGUUCAAAGCCGCACGCUGCGCUAUGGAUAUAUAAGACGGACGCACGUCCACGUCCUUCGAUUGGACUUCUUAUCCCCCACCUUCUCUUCUGCUCCAUUGCCGCAAUUGCUCUCUGAAUUACAGUGUCAAUUACUCUAAUUAUUAUCUGAAGAUGUCGUAUCCUACCGCUGAGAUUGGAAAGACCGGCGAGCAAGUUACUGCGCUUGGAUUCGGUGCCAUGGGCUUCUCUGCUUUCUACGGCGGAAGACCCACUGAGGAGGAAGCCUUCAAGGUUCUCGACAAGGCUCUCGAGCUCGGCGUGACCCUCUGGGACACCGCGCACAUCUACGGCGAGAACGAGGCCCUUCUCGGCCGCUACUUUGCCUCGCGCAAGAACAGAGACAAGAUCUUUCUGUGCACCAAGGGCGGCGUGCACCAGUCGAACUUUGCUCCGGACGGAAGUGCCGAGUUCGUCAAGGAGGUCUGCGACGAGUCAUUCCGCAGACUGGGCGUCGACAAAAUCGACCUGUUCUACCAGCACCGCGUCGACCCCAAGACCCCGAUCGAGAUCUCGGUCGGUGCUAUGGCUGAGCUCGUCAAGGAGGGAAAGGUCAAGUACAUCGGUCUGUCCGAGUGCUCGACCGAGACUCUCCGUCGCGCGUACAAGGUCCACCCGAUCACCGCCGUGCAGAUCGAGUACUCCCCCUUCACCCUCGACGCCGAGCACAACGGUCUCAUUGCCGCCUGCAAGGAGCUCGGCGUGACCGUCGUCGCCUACUCCCCUCUUUCCCGAGGCUUCCUGACUGGCGCGUACAAGACGAUCGACGACUUCCCGACCGAGGACUUCAGACGCUCGGCGCCUCGUUUCCAGGGCGACAACUUCAAGGCCAACCUCGUGCUCGUCGACCAGCUCUCGGCCUUUGCCGCCAAGAAGGGCUGCACGGUCGGACAGCUCACGCUUGCGUGGGAGAUCGCGCAGGGUGUGCUGCCUAUCCCUGGUACCACCAAGCUCGACCGUGUGGAGGAGAACUGCAAGGCUGCGUUUGUCAAGCUUUCCGAGGAGGAGUUGAAGGAGCUCCGUGCGAUGAUCGAGAAGGCCGAUGUCGCUGGUCAUCGAUAUGCUGAGGCUUAUGUCACGUCUGGACUGCUGUUCGGCGACACUGUCGAGCUCAAGUAAAUUUGUUGAUGACUUAAAAUGUAGUUUUUACAACCGAAUUAUAAAUAAUACUCCAAUCAAUUUUAUUCAAUCCUAUACAGCAUAAACACAUCCACAACACCUAUCUCUAAACUCGCUAUCCAACAAUCAAAAUGUAGAAAAUGUAAGAAAAAAAAACUAGUCUGGAAUAAUCAAGAAAGGACCGUAUGCAAGUUAUAUACCGAGAUUCACGA